AUGCGGAGACACUUUCUCCUACCCGCGAUCUGCCUUUUGGUGGUGACGCUGACGCUGUACCAUCGCCGAUCCCAAGUCUGCUGUCUGCAGUGGCCGGGUGUAUCUCCAAACCACAGCAAUGUGAAAGCCGCAGCGCCCAAGCCGGCCCCAAAGCCGAAAAAGAAGAGCCCUACCUUCCUUUCCAAAGACACCGCCAGCAUCUACGUCAACUCCAUCAUCCACCCCGGAUCCGUCGACUUCCCCCAGCUCGGCCUUCCGCUCCUCGAGUGCCCCAAACACCACCCGACCCGCUACAACCACCUCAAACCCGCCUCUCCCAACACCAACACCCCCAAAACCACACCCACGACCACCACCAUCCAAUACUUCUUCGCCCUCGACCUGCGCGACUCCCUCCCCCUCCUCCCCCGCCUCCUCACCACCAUCCUCCAAACCAUCCACUUCCUCGGCCCCUCCCACUGCGCCCUCUCCAUCGUAGAAGGCCACUCCCGCGACGGCACCCACGAAGUCCUCUCCGCGCUCCGCCCGGCCCUCAAAAAACUCGGCAUCCGCUACCACUUCACCACCAGCCCCAUCAACCCGCAAUCCCCCAACGGCCGCAUCCCCGCCCUCGCCGACCUCCGCAACCUCGCCCUGCAACCCCUCUUCGAUGCCGCCGCUUCCCCCUCUAACCCAUCCUCCUCCCCGGUAACCAUAACCCCAGACACAACCAUCCUCUUCCUCAACGACAUCGCCGCCUGCCCCGAUGACCUCCUCGAACUAAUCCACCAACGCCGCUCCUUACAAGCCGACCUCGUCUGCGGGAUGGACUGGACCUACGCCGGCGGCGACGGCGACGGCGACAGCGACGCGGCGGCGGCGGAUCCGACGUUUUACGACGUGUGGAUUGCACGGACCCUGAAGUCGGGGGACUCCUUUUUUGAGGUGCCGCCUGAUGGGAGCUGGGAUAGGGCGGGGGAUUUGUUUUGGAAUGAUGAGGUGGCCAAGGGGAGGUUUGAGAAGAAACAGCCGUUUCAGGUUUUUGCGUGUUGGAAUGGGGGGGUUGUUUUUGGGGCUGGGCCUUUACUUGCCGGGGGGAAGAAUGGGAAAGGGGGUAAGGGGGAUAAAGAAGAAAAGGGGGUGCGGUUUCGCGCGGCAAGGGAAGGGGAGUGUCAUCAGGGGGAACCAGAGUUGUUCUGUAAGGAUUUGUGGUAUGCGGGGUAUGGCAAGAUUGCGGUGGUGCCGACGGUGAAUUUUGAGUAUUCGAAUGAGGCCGGGAAGAAGAUUAAGGAGGCCAAGGGGUAUGUGUCGACGUGGGUGGGCAAGAAAGAUUGGAAGGACGAAGGAAUUGAGUGGCAGACGGAGCCGCCUAAGGAGGUGAAGUGUAUGGCGAGGUAUGAUGCGCAGGUGUUUGAGCCGUGGGAUAAGGCACAGCCGGGGAAGUGA